GCCCACUCAAAUGGGGCGACAGUUGUUGUCGGUGGGCUUCUCUUGGAAAUAGCAAUUGGGCUUCCUCUUCGCCGGCUACUGCUUUCUUUCCUCCUCCCUCCACUCCACUGCACACUGAAAUGAAAAAUAGCGUCGUCGAGAAUUCAUUCCACGAAAAGCUCUGAUUCACUGAAAGUGAGUCACAGUGGGAGAGAUGAAGAAAAAUGGAGUGAGUUUAGAAGGGGAAACGGUAAUUUUGGUGCCUUACAUGGAAGCGCACGUUCCAAAGUAUCACCAAUGGAUGAAAGACCCAGCUCUUCUUCAAGCCACAGGCUCCGAGCCCCUCACUCUUGAUCAGGAGUUCCAGAUGCAACAAUCAUGGACACAAGACCCAAACAAGCAGACUUUCAUUGUAUUGGAUAAGGAAUUGGUUGAGGGAAAAUUCAUCCAUGGAAAUCCUGGUGUUGAAGCCAUGGUUGGUGAUGUGAAUCUUUACAUGAAUGAUCUGGAUGAUUCCCUUUUAGCAGAAGUCGAAAUAAUGAUAGCUGAAUCCAAGAGCCGUGGAAAAGGAUUUGGGAAAGAAUCUGUCCUGAUGAUGAUGGGAUUUGCAGUCAAGAACCUUGGGAUCCAUACUUUCCGGGCGAAAAUUGGAGACUUGAAUGAAGGGUCUCUCAGUUUGUUCAAAAAAUUGGGCUUCGAAGAGACUUCUUACAGCGAAAUCUUCAAGGAGGUAACUCUGGAGUUAAAGGUAACAAAGUCCAAGCAUGAGGAGCUGCUUGAUAUGUUUGGUAAAAUAGUAACUUAUGACUAGUGCUUGAUCUAACUUCCCCGCCGGGUCUAGAACUUCAUUUUGUAACAUUUAGAUGUGGGAAACUCUUGAUGGGUUAUCUGAUAUUAUGUUCAAACAUUUGAUACUUGAGCAAGAAGCAAAUCAAUAUAAUACACAAGAAUCCUUCUAUAAAAUAGGAUCAAAGUUAUGACUUAUUUACGAUAUUUUUUCUUUCCCUCACCUCAUCUAAACGUCACACUUUCAUCAUAUUAUGUUUUUGUUUGUUUGCCUUUGCAUCUUGUGUAUUUAUGUAGGUUUUCAAGAUGCUUGGUUUGACCUUCUGAUGUGGACUUUUGGAGAUUAGUCUAGAAGGUCCAAAUCUCAUACACCAACAUUUUGGCUUCUUUAGAAAGACUUUAAAAUGGCAUGGCAGGUAUGAAGUCUUUGUUUUAACAUUUCUUAUCAAAUGGAUCCCUCUUUAGUUUUACAGUAACAAUUAGAAUGUACCUGAAGCUAUUGAAAUUUCACGGUUUCGUGUUCGUGAAAAUGGGAACAGAUGGAAAUGUUGAUGCAGGGCAGAGUAAUUGAUAUCACUUGAAUAUUCUAAAUUUUUGUCAUCAUCUUGACCAAAAUUUACCCUGUCAAUUCAACGUGUUUUUAUUUUCCUUUGAUGUGAACUUGAUGGGUUUGAGAUCAAUUUCUUCAGAAUAAUUAAUAUUUGAUCUUAGUUUAAAAGGCUUGAUUA